GUGAUUCCCCGGAAGGCGUGUGCGUGCUUCCCGGAUCCGGCCAGGCGCCGCACGCUGAGCGGCCGCCGCCAUGCAGUCGGAUGAUGUUAUCUGGGAUACACUAGGAAACAGGCAAUUUUGUUCCUUCAAAAUAAGAACCAAGACUCAGGGCUUUUGCAGAAAUGAAUACAGCCUGACUGGACUGUGCAACCGGUCAUCCUGCCCCCUGGCAAACAGUCAGUAUGCCACCAUCAAAGAAGAGAAAGGACAGUGCUACUUGUAUAUGAAGGUGAUAGAACGAGCAGCUUUUCCAAGGCGUAUGUGGGAACGGGUUCGGCUCAGUAAGAACUAUGAGAAAGCACUGGAGCAAAUAGACGAAAAUCUCAUCUACUGGCCCCGUUUCAUUCGACACAAAUGUAAGCAGAGAUUCACCAAGAUAACCCAGUACCUAAUUCGAAUUAGAAAACUUACACUAAAACGACAGAGGAAACUUGUUCCUUUGAGUAAGAAGGUGGAACGUAGGGAGAAAAGAAGAGAGGAAAAGGCAUUAAUAGCUGCUCAGUUGGACAAUGCCAUUGAAAAAGAAUUACUGGAAAGACUGAAACAAGAUACGUAUGGCGACAUCUACAACUUCCCCAUUCAUGCCUUCGACAAAGCCCUAGAACAACAGGAGGCAGAGAGUGACUCUUCAGAUGAGGAAAAAGAUGAUGAAGAUGAUGAUGACGACGAUGUGGGAAAAAGAGAAUUUGUGGAAGAUGAGGAGGUAGACGAGAGUGACAUAAGUGACUUUGAGGAUAUGGAUAAAUUGGAUGCCAGCAGCGAUGAAGACCAGGAUGGUAAAUCCUCCAGUGAAGAGGAAGAAAAGUCCUUUAAUGCAAAACACAAAGGCAAAACACCCUUGAAAGGACCUCUGCGGAGAAAACGAGCCUAUGUGGAGAUAGAGUACGAGCAGGAAACAGAGCCUACGGCCAAGGCCAAAACCACAACCACCUGAAGUCCCCUAGGCAGUUAGGAAACAGGACUGAACUGCUGAGCUUUUAUCUUAAACACACUUCCAGUUUUUGUUCUUCAUAUUGUACAUAACACAAUAUUUGUGUUUUUAAUAUUUAUGCCGCUUAAGUGGGCAAGACAUCUGUAGUCAGUGGAAGAAUGCCUUAAUUUGGGAACAGAGUAUUUUUAUAGCAUAUGUGUUGAAUAACAGUUCAAGCCCACAAAGCUUAAAAGAUCAGUUCUUGAAGCUGGGCUGAGACUGUGAGUGUAAAUAGCUCGAGAUGUUCAAUGCUGAAUUCCUUAGUGUCGUUCUUCCUGCCACAGCAGGACUUCCAUUUCCUCUUGUUCUCUUUUCCCUAGUCCUCUGGGGGUACAAGGAAACAAAAAAGGAAGAAGAGCCUCUGACUUACAAUGUUCAGUAUAAGAGGCUCCAUUUGUGCCAUAUGAGAUAGGAAGGAAAUCCUUUCCUCUUGAGAAACAUCUUAAGUCCCAUGGUAGUGAGCACCUUCGGGAGCCUGCUGCACUUUUCUGAGGCAGCUUACCACCUUGCUGUCUUCACAGCUUUGGAGAAUCUUGGCCAGGAGAUCCUAAAACAUGAAACCAAACAGGUUUUGACUUGUUCUCCCACUCCAACCCCUUUUACCUGGAGUUCUUGGUUCUUAACACUCAAGAAGGAAAGUGUAGGUGUUACUUUAAAGCUUAACUGUCCAAGACUUAAAGAACUAGGAUGAAAUCUGAUAAAACAGCAAACCCUGCACUAGCUCCAAAUAUCUGUAGUCAUGAUGCCUUCAGUCUUUGAAUUAGUUCUCAUAGCCCACCCCUUGGCUUCAAGGCCUGGCUCUACCCUAGUCCAGCUCCCUGCCACCAACGUGGGAGACUUACAUCAAGCCCUGGCUGUUGCAGGCAUUUGUUAUUACUCCUUGGUGGCUUAUAGGUUAUUUCUCCAUUUUAAAUUCAGAAGACUAGAACAGAAUGUAUUUUUUACCACCUCUUUAUCAUGAUGCUUUUGCCCAUUAUCUCUUAUCUUAACUGCAGUGACAUCUCCUGAUCCUCUUUGUCUAAAUGGUUCUGAAUAACUAUAAAAAAUAAAGUAUUUUAUCAAAGUCUACUGAGGCUAGAGGGCACAAAGGUAGAGACCUAAAACCCUCUUGUGUUCAUUUCCUGACUUGGUCAGGCUCAUGAACAAUAAACCACAAUACAUCACAGGAAUUACCUAAUGGGGCCCAACUGAAACCAAGCUGCAGCCUCUGUCUUACCUUCACCUGUCCUUGAGAGCAGUGGUCCAGGGUAAUCAGGCAGUCUGUGGCCUCCUGCAGCAAGGCAUUCUUAACAGGUUCAGGUGUAAGGGUUGGGUCCCUUGCUACAUCGCAUAUGAGUUUCAAGAGAGCCUUCAGAAAGACCACAAGUCUGCAUGGAAUUCUGGAAUCAAGAAAAAAAAACAUAGAGCUAGAAACCGAAUGAGAGCAGACUCCAGAUUUCUUAAUGUCAUUUCCACAGCUCGCUGGCUGUAUACUGGCCUCCCCAGCAAUACCCUUCCUUCCAGAAGCUCAGUUCUCCUGUAAGGAAACAGCUACCUCAUCAACUGAAAAGGAAAUCCAAAUUCUUCCUUACUAAAGGAAAUCAGAAAUAAUGCGAUGGAAGGGUUAGUGUUGUGGCUUAGUGGAUAAAGCCAGAGUAUGGUGUUGGCAUCCCAUGUGGCCAUCAUUUCAUGUCCCAGCUACUUCACUUCCAAUCCAGCUUCCUGUUAAUGGCCUGGGAAAAGCAGCAGCAGGUGGCCCAAGUGCUUGGGCCCCUUCUACCCAUGUAGGAGACAAGUGAAGUUUCUGGCUCCUGGCUUUGGCCUGGCCCAGUGCAGGCUGUUAGACCAUCUAGGGAGUGAACCAGCAAAAGGAAUGUCUCCUUUGGUAACUUUUUUUUUUUUUUUUUUUUGAAA